GUAACUAGUACCGACAAGGCAUUAUUUAAGUGAUAUACGAGAUGUCAGGAGCAUCCCUUGCAGUGGGUCCUCUUCCAGAGCCUGAUGAAACAACCACAACUACUGUCGGCCAGAAACGUCAACGUGUGAACUCGGUGAUGGGUGGUGCAAUGGGAUCUCUACGUGUUAUAGAACUCCAAUUGGUGGCCUUCAUUAUGGUUUUCUCGGCAAGUGGUCUGGUCCCGCUUUUUGACCUUGCAUUCCCCGUCUUCACCACUGUCUAUCUCUUUGCUCUAUCACGUCUAGCAUUUCCCUGUCGUGCCACUUCAGUUACUUUAAAUGAAAUAUUCCAUGGAAACCGACUUUUCCGGGCAUAUGUGAUAUUGGGGACAACGGUUGGAUUGUUUUUACCAUUGGCUUACGUCUUGGGGGGGUUUGCAAGGGGGGAAGAGCAUUCACUUCAGUCGGCAACACCACACUUGUUCUUACUUUCAUGUCAGAUACUAACGGAAAACGUCAUAAGUGGGUUGUCUUUGUUCUCCCCUCCUGUGAGAGCUUUAGUACCAAUGCUGUAUACUGUUAGAAGGAUCUUUGUUAUCCUAGAUUGGGUUCACGAUGCAUGGUUUAACAAGACGCUUUCUCCAAACGCUGCAAUCGAGGAUGUUGCGUGGUUUUGGUUUGGAAGAGGUCUAGCUGCGGCAAAUCUUGCAUAUUAUUCAAUCAAUCUAUUUGUCUUUUUGAUUCCGAAGUUCCUCCCAAAAGCGUUCGAUCAAUACUUCAGGGAUACAAACGAGAACCUAACAAAGAUGCGAGAAGAUAGGCAAUUUGAUGUGCAUCAUCAAGAUCAAUCACAUGCGAAUAAGAAGUCUAACUAA